UAGAAAUCUUUCAAGGAGAGUAGUUACUUAAUGCAAUGUGCACUCCGCAGAUACUUCAACCUAGAAUGUAAAUCAGACCUCCAGUGACCAUGUCAACGUCACAGGAGCUGGAGACGGGCAGCUCGAUACCUCAUACAACAAGCGAUGAAGAGUCUGUGGACAGCAGGCUCCUUCCGGGGCCAGGUUUGGCAAUGGACGCAACACACAUGUCCCAUGUUCAAAUGCUGGAACAGCAGCUGGCGCGCAUCAUGGAGGAACGAGAUGCGGCUGAAAUAGCUCAUGCUCAUGAGCGCAACAGAAUGCAGACACAGCUGGCUAGCUUCCGGAAGCAGGCAGAGAAAGACCUUGAGGAGCUCAAGACGAGGCAGGAAGAGAUAGAGGCCGGCGCCCCCUCGCUGGACGAGCAGGUGAGUCAGGCCAAGGAGCAGCUGCAUGAUCUGCCAUUCUCGGACGCUGCAUACGUGGCGGCGAAGCAGCGGCCGGUCGAGCGGCGGAGCCUGCGGGAGGAGCUGACGAUUGUUCUGCACGAGCGGCUUCAGAAGCACGUAGAGGAGGCGGAGCGGCUGAAACGGGAGCGGGACACGGCGAGGGAAGCGUUGACCCGGGCGACCGACGAGCUGCAACUAGUGGAGCGGGAGGCGCAGCGCGCGGCCUCGAACCACGCCGUGGAGAUGCGCGCGGUGGAGCAGGAAGCCGCGGCGGUGGCGGCGCGCAACGAGCGGCUCGAGGCGGAGCUCGCGGACGCGCUGCUGCAGAAGGAGCUGCUGCAGGCCAAGGGGGCCAUGUACGACGAGGUGAAAGCCACUGCGGACAGGCUCCAAACGGCGGCCGAUGCGGACGCGCGCGAGCGGACGCUCGCGGACACCCGAACGACGGUCCUGUCCGAAGAGCGCGAGCGGCUGGCGGGGGCGCUGCGAGAGAAGGAACACACGGUGGAGCUGCUGACGAUGGACAAAGCAUACCUGGGGAAUCAAGCAAAGCUGCUCGGAGAACAGGUAGCUAAGCUGGAGGUUAUGUGCGACCAGCGGCAAGAAAAGGUGCGCGAGCUCAAGCGCGCGCGGCAGGAGCUGUACGACAAGCUGCUGGCGACGCGCGAGGACACCGCGGCCGCGCAUGAGCAGCGCCUCCAGGCGGAGAUCGCGCGCAUCGAGGCGCGCGCGCGCGGCGACCUGGAGCAGAUCCGGAGGGAGGCGGAGGAGGUGCGCGAGCGGGAGAUGCGCGCGCUGCGCGACAUGCGCGACGCGGCCGCGCUGGAGGCGGAGAGGGCGCAGGCGAAAGUGCGCGAGGGGACGGCAGUCUAUGACGAGCUGCUGCUCAGGUACCGGGAGCUCCAGAAGACGGCGGACGCAGCUCAGGCGGACUUGCGUGCGGAGGUCAAGGUGAAGGCGUUUGAGGUGGACCGGGCACAGCUGCUCAAGGAGGAGACGACGAGCCAGAUGAAGCAGCUCAAGCUGCAGAACGAGAUGUUACAGGCCAAGGUCAAGGUAUUGACGGAGAACUACCGGGCGCUGGACACGGAAUUAAACAAGCAGCUUGGAGAGGCGCGGAACGAGCUGGCGCUUGUGCGCGAGCGGCUCGCCCACUACGAGCUGCUGGAGAAGGAACUAGAUGAGGCCGUUGUGAGCGCCGCGGAAGGUUAUAAGGACGAGCCGUCCGUCCGGUGGCUGGAGCAACUGGGCACGUCCGUACCGAUCGCUGUCCGGCGGCGAAUUCAGCAGAGCCUACACUUAGCCAAGCGAUGCGCGGCGUUGGAGAAAGAAGUAGACCGGCUCAAGGCGCUCGGGGGAACGCAGGAGCGCGAGAUCCAGAGUCUGGGGGAACAGGUGGAGGACUACAGGGCUCGGUUACAGCACACCGAGCAGCCCCGGGACUUCUUGGUAGAAGCGCUCCACAAGUGCGAAAAAGACCUCCGGGCGGCCAACCGGGAGAAGGACUGCCGACAGGUGGAUCUCGAGCGAGCGCGGGCGGAAUCCGCCGACCUCCGCGCCAAGCUGGGCGCGCUCCAGGCGGACCUCCGCAGGAUCCUGGAGGAGCGGAACGCGCUCGAGGGGUUUAAGCACCUUCUGCGCGAGCAACAGGGCACGGCGCAGCUUAGGGAGAGGCUCAUUGCUGACCUCAGCAGGGCAAACUGGGGGAAAGGAAGGAAGGACGACGGAGCGGGGCGGACUGCAAACAGCACCAAACAGCUGGUGUACGAAGGGGAAGGGAAGGCCAGAGACGUUGACGGCGUAAAGGUUGACCUAGCUGGCUGGUUCAAGCGAGUUGCUUCUAGACCGGCAGCUGCAUAACCAGGACUGUUACCGCGUAGAAAGCUUCUUAUCGACCCACCAGUGUCUGAGCGACGUCAAGUUAAGUACCGUAGUCAGGUGUUCUUCAAAUAGUGCAGAUCAACAAGGUUCUAUAGUAGCCACUAAAUAUUGCUCCAGAAGGAGGGAUUGUUUCAUGCCCGCCUCAAUGAGCGAGUAACAUCAAGAGCACGCCAGAGUAAGCAGGCUGUAGGUCAAUGUGAUUAGUUGAUUGCACUCUAACCCCAAUGAGCGGAUGACAGAAACUGUCAAGAGUUUUACGAAGGGCU